GUGUUCCGGGCUCUCUUUGCAGUCUGUGCUCACUCCUAUUAAUUAUGAAAACGGCAGGGACUUCGCGUGAUACGUCUUCUAAUAUUCAAAACAAGCGAGUUAUGAAGAAACCCAAAGCUAUCAGGUCUACAUUAUCGACCAAUGCAGCUUCCCGUCGAAAACCUGCAAUAGGAUCUGCUGCCAAAAAGAAAGUCCAAGUUGUUGAGCCAAUCCAGAAUCAGAAUGCAGAUUCCCGAAAGAUAGCUGAAGUUGAGAAAAAAUUAAACGCAAUUCAAAUUACAAAAGACCGCCUGAAAGAUCGAGCUGAUAAGUUGAGUGGAGAAUUGACAAAAACUAGAGUGGAACUGAAUGCAGCUCAACAGGAAAGAGGAAGAAUUCAACAAUUCUGGAGAAUAGCUGAAAAUGGAUUAGGAGAAGAAAGAGAGAGAACAAGAGACGUAGAGAAAAGUAUGUUUGAUAUGAAGACACAUCAAGCAACUCAUAUCCAGAAAUUACAACAAAGAAUUCGAAGUUUGGUAUUUCAUGCAAAAAUGCAUAGAAAUGCUGGAACACAGUCAGAAGCAAUUGCUCCAAGUGGUGGUCUAGAAAGUGUUGAAUGUCAGACAAUGGAAGAAUUGACAAAAGAGAAAGCAGCGAAUAUCUUAAGACAAUCUGAUGAUCUUCUAGUAACAUUCAUUGCGGAGCUUGAAAAAGAGAAGUUAGAAGCUCAAAGUGAUUUGAAAUAUGCAAUUGUGCAUUUGGAGCAACGAAUGAAAGAGGAACAGGAGACACAAAUGCAAGCGAUGAAAGAAGAAAGAGAAAUUGAAAUUGAGGAAAUUGGAUUGAAACAUAUGGAACAGAUAAGGACAAUUGAAUCUGGAAAUAGUGAGCAAACUGCCAUGAUGCAAGGAAAAAUUGAUUUCUUGCAGAGCGAAGUUUCAAAUCUCCGUGAUCUACGUGAUUCAAUAUCAGCGGAUCUCAUUGAUAGUCGCGAGAAACUCAAGGAUCAAGCCGUCCUACUCGGCCAAAAUCAAGCAAACAUUGAUGAGAUGAGCAAAGAAAUCGCGAGGCUUCAGGAUUACAAGAGGAAUUUUCAGCGAGAUAUGCGAAACGUUGAGAAUAUGAGGAAAGAAGUUGAAAAAUACAAGGAACUCAAUGAUAUUGUGAUGGGAGAAUUUGAAAAACUGGAAAAAGAGCGAGAUCAGUUGCUGAUUGAAGUUGAACGAAACGUUGGAAGACUAGAAAUCAGCAAUCAACAAAAAUUCGAAAAGCUCGAGGAACGCGGAAGAAGAUUUUAAAUGUUUAUUCAUCAGUUUUUAUUAUUCAAUUUUUAUAAUAUUUUUCAAUUUUUCUCAUACAAUUAUUAUUAAUCCAUAGAUAUGAAAAGGCACAUAAAACUUUUUUUCGAUCCGG